AUGUCUGAGGUGGACCAACCAUCCGAUUGCGACGUCUCUAAAACAGACCUGGGUAUCGCGUGUGCCCUCAUUUACACCGAAAACAUCUACUUUGAGAUCCCGGUGCUCGACUAUUCGGCCCUGCUUGGUUCACUUGCUGAGCGCAGAGCUGCGUAUCCACUGGACAGCCUGCUGCACCAUGCCUUGGUAGCGGCGGCAGUCCCAUGGUUGGAAGGCAACAUGCUGGCACAUGAAGGCUUCCAAAACCGUCAAGAAGCAUUUGACAAAAGCAUCGAGAGGUUUGAGGCUGGCCUGGAAUCCUCAGCUGGGCAAGACUCCUUCGAGGAGACGCAGGCUUUUCUGUUGAUGGCCUUUGCGUUAUCGCAAACUGAUACAUGCACCGUUGGUAGGAAGCAGGCGCAGUGGUUGCGGCACGCGAUGGCGAACCUGCACAAGAUGUUGCUGAGCAGAGGAGACCAAAACGUGGAGAGAAGCACACAAACUGGAAGUCGGCUAUGGAAGCGCCUGUGGUGGUCUGGCUUCAUCAUGGAGCAGAUGCAUUUCCUCCGAUAUUCACUUGAGGCGACAACACCGCUCUACCCAUCCCGAUUCGCACUCGAUCCACGCUCCACUGAGCCGCUUCUCUUGGAAGACUUCGACCUGACACCGGUGAGGGCUCUUGGCUGCAAGAUUCGGGAUUACUGGAUCUCUAUGCAAAAGGCCUUCUGCUUUAUCCAGCGAACAACAUUGUUUGAACACGUCGCUAUGUAUGCGUGUAAUCGACGACGGAAAAUUCCCCGCCAGAAGCGACGAGCGAGACCAGGACAGAUACAUCAUGACGACGACUUUUGGGACAUCCAAGCCAUUGCAAAAAGAUUCGAAUUGUCCAAACAGGACACGGGUUGCUAUAGUCUAUGCGCCUCCUUCGACGACGCAGAAGAGCUGGACUUGAUCGCCACGCGGGUUCGCUUAGACAUGAUCUUUUUCCGCACCAUGAUUGCCCUCCACCGGGCGGCGGAUAUGCCGAACAAUCAUGGCUGCAAUGAUGCCAGCAACAUUUGGCGACAGGUGAGAGACGAGCGGAUCACGCACAUGGCCCGGAGAGUUCUAGCGACGAGUAGAAAAGCGCUUGACCGGGCUGGAAACGCCGAGCCCAGUCUAGGGGCCGGAACUGACAUGUUACGGGCCAUUACCGUUGCAGCAGGAGCCCUUUUAUCGCUGGAGACAGGGCCUCCCGAUCGUCAGUGUCUACUCAGCGAGAGCCAGACGCUGCUUGAAGCCUGCAUUACCAACAACGACAAUCUGUGGACAGAAGCAGCCACUAGAAGUUCUGCAAGUCCAUGGAACUCGCCGGAACUAGCCUUUGACGCGACCGACGAGGCAAGCCCAACAUCCGACUCAGCGCAGACUCCGAGGGAUGUAGCAACAGCACAAAAUUAUCGGUCGAUAGAUGAUGCGGAAUUACUCGAGCAGAGGAUACUUGUAAAUGAAUUUGAUGAGAUGUGGAACACGACAGACAUAAAAUGCGCCCUUGGCCAUCCGGCUGGAGCUCAGGGGGGAGUUUACGCGCUGGCGGCUGUGCAAUCGUAG